AUGAAUGGCGCACAAGUUGGUAUCUUCAAAGAGGCCAACCAGAUAGGCCUCGCUAGCUUCCUGCAGAGCCAUCACUGCCGAGCUCUGGAAUCGCAGGUCAGUCUUGAAGUCCUGAGCGAUUUCACGCACCAGACGCUGGAAAGGCAGCUUGCGGAUCAGGAGCUCGGUACUCUUCUGGUAUCGGACGGAUCUCACGCAGGGCAACAGUUCCAGGGCGAUACCGAUGGGCUUCUUCAACGCCUCCGGUGGCUGGAGGCAAAGGCUUGGGAAAAAGGAGGCGCCAAGCGUCAUCGCAAAGUGCUGCGAGAUAACAUCCAGGGUAUCACUAAGCCAGCAAUCCGCCGUUUGGCUCGUCGCGGCGGUGUGAAGCGCAUCUCGGGACUCAUUUACGAGGAAACACGUGGCGUUCUGAAGGUGUUCUUGGAGAACGUUAUCCGCGAUGCCGUCACCUACACCGAACACGCCAAGAGGAAGACUGUCACAGCCAUGGAUGUUGUGUACGCUCUGAAGAGGCAAGGCCGCACCCUGUACGGCUUCGGCGGUUAAAAAACUAGUACAGCUUGUACUUCAUUCAGCAAUCGGUCCUUUUCAGGACCAC